AGGCCUCUACUCAAGACCUGAUUUUAUGCAUGUUUCUACCCGACGAGCACGAGAAGUCUACCCUCUUUCGAUUUCAGAUUGUCGACGUCCUCCCCAAUCUCGAUUUUUCUUGCACGAGUGUCACUUCUUGCUCCUGAAAUCUGUAAAAGAUUCAACAAACAUUCAAAAUCUUUAGCUCUCGUACAGAAUUUCUGUUUGAAGAUGCGGAAUUUUUAACAUCAAUACAGCCAUUGUAAAAUGGCUGACGUACUGCACAUGAUGGGUCGUUGUACUUGUACAUCAGCCACCCCGAGCUGCUCUAGCACGAGCAGGCCGCGGUUUUUUGACGACAGGGUGGACCACAAAGACCAGUUGUUCUCGGUGGAAGUUGAUAUGUCUUGUUUUGACGACAUCGGCUCCACCUGCGCCGGCCCAGUAACAGCACGGCCUUCUUCAAGAAGAAGCAGAACCGUGCUGGAGGACGGAGGGCGCAAGAUAAACAUGGCCAGUACACUAUUUUCAACAAGAAAACCGCCUUCCUGGGAUACAGGACAGCAAAGUGAGGACACCGGGAGGCCACCAGGAGGAGGAACGACUGCACCGAGGACAGCAGUCGCAGUCCAAGCUGCUCCUGCAAACAAGAAAACCAUGUUGCUGCACAAGCUCAAAAACAAAAAUCAAAGGGAACAAAGUCAGUCGCUUUUCCUGCUCUGGAGGUGGUGGACAGCGACGAGACCAAGAGAGAAACUACAUUUCUUGAAGAAACUCGGUUGGUUGUUCCUCUACUUGCUGAACCUCUUCACUUUGACAACAACUACCCUUGCCGAGGUGAAGUACCCAAGACACGAGGAGGACAUCCCCGGACAUCCAGAUUUGGUACGUGUAACUUACAAGUUAGACGAUAUCAACGGAGAUGAAGAUGAUCAUCUCCACAACCACGUCUACAAACCGGUGAAAGAGGAAUUUUCUGUGUCAUCAAACAGUGGUGCGUCAUCAGCUGCUGCUGCAUCAUCAAAUAAACCGAUUCCCGGCUGGCAGCACGCGUCGCCGAUAGGAUCUUCUGAGCAAUCCUGUUCUUCUGGUUCCUGUUCCAAAACCGCACCAAAUCAGCAUGACACCGACAGUACCCACCACAUAGACCAUUUAGGUCGGAAAAUCCCAAGGAGGCUGUUCGAGGAAGAGGCAGACAACCUCGCGGCGCAAAGGAUUCGCAAGGAAACGCAGGAGUACGAGCGGCCAAAGAAUUUACCGCCAAAUAAACAGCACGGGGAUCACUACCGGGCGUUGCUGAAGUCCAGGUUCCCGCUCGAUAACGACGCGGACAAAUACGAAGUGGAUCACGAAGCCGGGGUAAUCAGGCAGAGAUUUGACCACAGACCGGUGGUUAGGUUGAAGGAGACGAGUGGUAGUGCAGGUAAGGAAAACGAUCAACAGCAGCUCCACGACGCCGAUUUUGCCCGGGGUGAAAGAGGCAGUAAAAGGCAGCUAGAAAUCGACGGCGUCGUCGACCCAGCUGGGGUCGUGAUUGAGGCUCCAAUAGUAGAAAACAAAAGUCAACAGCAGGACAACACAGACCAUCAAAACAAAAAGAGGAUAAGAACCGUUGCGGGUAGGGAUGAAAACCACUUCGAGGAGCGGCUGAAGGAGACGACAAAACAAGCCGAGACCGCGCUUCAGAAGUACAAUGAGGAAGUAGCGACAACGAAACGUCAACUAACCGAACAAUUUCCAAACGAGACGGAGGAGCAGCGGGAAAAACGGUCCCUGCAGAUCAACACGGCGGCGACUGCUGCGCUUUGCGCGUCCGGUGAAGUCUCCUGUUUUUUGAAGCAGGAAGUGUGUCGUGGGAUGGACGCGGCGAGACCGGGGUACUUCUGUGGGGAACGGUGGGGAAUCACGAACGUGGUGAAGAUAGAGGAUCAGUGGGAGAUCGCCGAUGUGGAAUUUUUCUGGGACCGACAGUGCGACAAACCGGUGCAGGGAUCGCCACGACAGCAGUCCUUUUCCGAUGCGAACGCAAAUCCGCCGUACAAGGAUAUUUCCGCCUUGGCGUUUGACAACAACAACAAAACGGCGUGGUUGGCGAACUGCGGGGCGGAUUUAGGCGGCUGUCCCGCGUAUGACCCGACGAAACAGGGACAGAGGGUAUAGAAGUUGUUUUGUUGGUACAGAAGUUUCUCAUGCUGACGACGCAUUUCUUAUUCAGUUUCUCAACUUGUUUGCCACGCGCACUCCUGUGCUACUAGUUCACUUGCAGUAGAAGUUGCGGAACAUCAAGAUCUUCUUGGUCUUGCUUUUAUCGAAAUAUAAACAAAUUUAUCAGGUUGUCAACAACGUCGGCCCGAAUACCGUGAUCUACCAGCAGCUUAGAAAAAGCGAUGACCCGGUCACGAAUCCGAACAACCUUCCGAUUUACGGCAAUGUGAUGUUGUUCGAUCCCGCCACCAUGUCUGGUUUUACCGACGGCGCGAUCAAAUGCGUCCGGAUCCACCAGAGCAAAAUUACAACCAGACAGGCCUACCACAUCGCGGUGGUUUUCUGGGACACGUUGCAGUGGGUGAAGUACGCCGAUUACGACGCGUUGGCCGGGGGUGGGUGGCUAUGCAAGAAAAAAGUGUGUAAGUGUAAAUCUGUGAUGCAGAAAAUGCCAAACAGUUACACUUGUCGUGCUAGGCAUGCAUGGCCGGCUCGCUUCCUAUGUGUUUUUCCUCUGUAUCUGCGCAUAACAAGUUUGUUCUGUCAUGGCAGACAAACUUGUGAUGCUGUUUUCCCAAAAGGCUUACACUAACACAGUUUUUUUCUUGGAUAGUGGCAAACCAGACCGCCGAUUGGGAACACGGUGUGGAAGUUGACGAACCUUAAUCCGACCGUCUCCCCUUGGACCGUGAAUGAACUCUACUUCUUCGGGGAUCGACGCUGUGACUACGCGUUACACGGCAUCCCGAUUGGCAGGGAAAACGUCCGGCAGUUACCCCAGUGCUUGCCCACGCCAGACAACCCGGCGGGAACGUGUGAAGAGACCUCCGUCGAGAAAAUCCGGGAUAACGACGUCACCACCGCGUACCGCGCCAGGUGUACGCAAACGGUGGGGGUGGUCGAAGCGCCUUGUUCCUCGGGCGAGGCCUUCGUCGGCUACGACUACGAUUCCGCACCUUUAACGGUGUUGUGUAUCAAAAUGUGGUCGGAUGCGCACGCGGGGUACGGGCAGCAGUGGCACAAGUCGCAGCAUUCUGAGGCUUUACAGCUCCAAGUCUGGGACGGGCAGCAGUGGGCGGGGAAGAAGGAUUUGAUGAAUAUGCUGCCGAAUCAGUGGAACUACGACUACGCUCCGAUAAACACACUGUGGCGGAUCACCGCGGACGAGGUAAUUGCAGAGUGGCGGGUCGCGGAAUUGGAGUUCUACAACAACCCAUUCUGCGACACGACGGACGACAGUGGGUUGGUGCAGGUGUUACCAAUCCAACGAAUCCCAUUAGUCGGCGAUGCUUUCGACAGCAACAUGGUAUUAGGUAUCGACGAAGAGGCGACAGCCUGCGCGGACACCCAGAUUCUGACCACCUGCGCAAGGAAGGUGUUCGACGGGAAGAUCGACACUUUCUGGCGGGGGUUAUGCCGACCGGGGAUUCCGUGUGAAAGAGAAUCGAAUUACAUCGGAAUGUUCUCCAAUACUCCGAUCGACGUGCAGUGCUUCAAGAUCUACCAGAGUCAGGAUCCGCAGUUUUCCGUCUCAACGGUUCACAUUUCCUCCUGGGACGGGAACGGCGGGUGGAGCAUCCCGAAUCCCUGGUCUGCGCUUUCCUCGACCAUCGGCGGAAUUCAGAACGAUCUCGGCGGGGGAAGCUGGAACAGACGGCCGGCUUUUGAUUACAGCAUGUGGAAACUGUCGAAUGCGGUAGUGACGACGCUGCAAUGGAGAGUUGUCGACGUUCACCUCUUAUGGAUUGUAAAAAUGUCUGGGUCUGGAAGGUUGGAACUUGUAAUGCUAGCUUUCCACACCUAGAAAAUCAAAAUCUGCAUUGCAUAACCAACAAAAGUCGCAGCCUCUUUUGUCAUGCAAAAACGCAGCUCCUCAUGCGGAUUGCCUAUGAGAAAGCGUUUUGGGAAGUUGUCAUGCCGGACUGCAUUCGGAAGUGUUUUCAUCAUGCACAUUUUAGCAUCACAAGUUUCCAGACCCAGCCACUUUUGCAUUUGAUACCUCUACUCCGACAAGUACUGCACCACCCGGAUGGACGGCCUCGCCUGGAUCGCGGCUGGAUCUACUGGAAUCGCGAACGGGGUCACAAUAUCAAAUGCAAAAAUGUCUGGGUCUGGAAGGUUGGAACUUGUGAUGCUAACUUCGGACUCUAAGAAACUCUGUAUUGCAUGACCAGCAAGAGGAGUGUAGUUUGUGCUACGCGAGGAGGGCGUUUGUCAUGCGGAGUAGGCAACAUCAGGAAGCCCUCUGAAAAUCUGUGAUGCUAGGGCGUGCAUUAUAGUCGUCCUGGGUCAUGCAAAACAUGCAUGACAAGUCUCAGAAUCUUCCAGACCCAGACACUUUUACAGUUGAUACACCAUGGCGGCGGACGGACACAACCAAACUUUCUGGGAAUGCGAGUGCUUGGCCGCGACCGGCGGGUGUGACCGAUUCAACGCGUGGCUGGGCGUGCAGCGGACGUACAACAAACCCGCUUUCCUCGCUUCGAAUAUCCCGAGAUGUCUGGUAAUUGAUAUGGAGUUCUCAAAUGUUACGUUCUCAACUGUUACAUGAAUUUGUAAUGCAAGAAUGGCAAAAGUCAAAGAAGAGAGGUUGCACCUGAAGCAUUACAAAUUCCGCACAGAUUUAGGCGCUGUCUAGCCUUUCCAAGAUUUGCCAUGCGAAGCAGCUUGAUUGUGUGCAUGUUGAUGCUCAUUCUGCAUGACAAAUCAUGUAACAGCUGAGACUGUCACGUUUGAGAGCGCCAUAAUUGACCAGUUCAGGGACAGCGCGUACCAAAGUGCGGAUAUCCGGCUGGAGACCUGGAACGGCAUUCGGUGGUAUAGGAUUUGUUGGAAGUUGUCUUGUUUCAGCUUGCUGACAAUGUCAUGCGCCACUUCUCUUGCAGUUCCAGUUGCAAAUCAUGACUUUGUCUUGCGAGUUUCACAUCAUCCAUGAGAUUCUUCAUGCAAAAAACCUCAUACUAAUCUAUCAGGUUCGACCCCGCGGUUGAAGUUGGUGCAGCUUCUCUGACCGACUACUCCGGUUCCUGGUUUUACGACCUUGGUGGCGGUACCGGCCACGCCAGACCCGGCUUCACCGGUACCCAGUGGCGAUUGAAAGCCGAUGACUCGGUCGACUGCUGGCAGGUGUAUUCCCUGGAACUCUUCCUGGAUUCCGAGUGCAAGCCGGAGAAGGAGGUGAAGUUCCUCACCGACAACGGCGCGAGAAAUCCGAACGUGAAAGCGAUCGGCUCUGGUCACGUGAAAGGGUCAGAAUUGACAGCGUAUGUUCAAAGAAACGAAGCAAGGAUCAAAGCGGAUUUCGGGGACGUAUCAACUGCAAAAGUGUCUGGGUCUGGAAAAGUGUAGACUUGUCAUGCAGAUUUUCCAUGACCCAUGAGGUCUAGAGUGCGGGAAUGAGCAUGACAGACUCUGCGAGGUCUCUGCCAUGCCUAUCCUGCAUGAGAAACUCCCUUCCAACUUGGUCAAAAGUUUCCAGCUUUUGGCACUCAUGCAACACAGAUUUUUGCAUGCUUCAGAUUUACCAUGACAAGUUGCAACCUUCUAGACCCAGACACUUUUGCAAUUUAUACGACGAUGCGAUCAACUAUUUGAUCGACAUUGACGCGGGGGAAGAGUUUAUCGCAAGAAACAACUGUUUCACUUUGAACUUGUGAUGCAUAGAAUGGAAGACAGAGGUAUUAUUUGUCUUGCCACACCUGCAAGAAGACCUCGACUCUUUAGCGGUGUUCUUCUCCCUUUGGAAGCGCGCAUGGCAAAUUUUCUGUGUCAUGUGUAACAAACUUGUGAUGCAGAUCUUGCAAGAUCAUCACGGUGAAACACUUUUUUCGUGGGAUAGAGUUCCCGGUCUUCAACGCCUUCGACAAAAACGAGCAAACAAGUUGGGUCGACAUCCGGGAUAAAUCCGUGUUGGGAACGAGGGGAAUGGAGAAUAAGCAAGCCCAGUACCCACUGUUCUUAGGUGUAGACUUCGGAAAUUCCCCGACCAUGAACGUCAACUGCAUCCGGAUCUGGCAGCACUCCCAAUUCUUCAGCCGGAACAUGAAACUGGAGUAUUGGGACGGGGUGCGGUACGCGCAAAAGGACUACGGAAUCGGGCAGAGCUGGAAUCUGCGAGGGUUUAGUGGAGGCAGUUGGCAAAGGUAGUACGAUAGGCUUUGAAGAUUCCUUGACGAGUUGUUGUAGUCUUCAUGCAGUAGAAGGGAUGAAAGUCGUGACAAGGAAAGAAGAACUGUGAGCGGUGUAACAAGUCUCGUCUUUUGUACCGUCGUGAAGACGGAUAUUGAUUCGAAAUUAAUUUUUACGAAAAACCGAUUUUACGAAGAUCAAAAUUUAUCGAUCCCCCGAAAAACAACUUUAUCCCAGGUGGCCGGCCUCCUACCAAACCAUCUGGCGGAUUGAAAACGCGGUUAUGAUCCCGGAGUCCUGGGAAAUCGACGAGCUCGGGUUCUACGACACGGUAGGCUGCCUAGCUACGCCAUUAGGAACCGCGGACGACAUCAUCGUGUCCGGCUACCGGGGGGAUCACUACGGCUCUCUCGCCAUGGACGGCUACGUCCGGUCCGACAUGCGGGAGCGAGACGACGGCGGUUUCGUCCGGUACCCUAACUCCUUCUGGCGGUCCGGCUGCGGCCCCUGCUACCCGAAAGACGCCUACAUCGGGCAAGACUUUGGAUUUCAAAGAAGGCAGGUCAAGUGCAUUCGGAUCUUCCAGGCGCCGGCGAUAGAGCGGCAGAGUCCGAUAAUUGACUUGACGUAUUGGGACCCGAGCCAGGACAAGUUCGUGCUGGAUAGUGAUAAAAAGUUCUACUCGAUUGGUGGCGGCAGUUGGAACCGGAGACCGGCGAUGAGCAACAGCAUGUUCCGAUUAAGGUGUAUCCUGUGUAAAAACGUCCCCACACCAGAGUUGUCAUGCAAUUCUGCAUGCCAAGAAAGUUUCUCAUGCGGAGCUCUAUGUAUGAGAGGCAUUUUCUGUUCGUGUUUUGGAAUUUGUGAUGCUAGGAUCAGCGUACUACGCUAGAUCUGUGAUGCUUCUGAACUAGCUAAACAGGAUUACACUACGAGGACAUCAAACUUGUCAUGCCAAACAACGAAAGGUAGCUGAUUUGUCUAGCAGAUUUCCCAUCUUGACUCUUUCUGUGGGGACGUUUUUAAUCAGGAUAAAGUGGGUCCAAACCCGGCCCAAGUCGAAGAAGUGUGAAGCAGGAAGAUUAUCCGCAGUAAAUUUCCCGUACACGUACAAAUGCGGUCUCUGCAUGACAAAACUUGGCUUCGGACCGCCACGACCCACUGACCCCCGGUCACGUGCCGUCCGGCCGGCCGGACGGACGUGACCCGCCCGGUCACGUCUAGGCUCCUUGUUAUCUUGUAAUUUUUAGGGCAGGGGACCUAAGGCCCACCCACCUGGGUGGGUCGAAGGUCCCCUGAGGACCUAAGCGGACAUUUUGUGACCCUCUUCUUAUAAAAUCCACGCAUUUUUCGUGUGGUUGUCCUAGGUGAGCUAGCACCCGUACCCGUGGGCAACCAUCUAAGACACGAAAAAUGGCGAGCACUUUAGUCCUUGGCUUUCUCUGGUUUGGUCAUGAGUGUGGGCCACUUCUUAGGGUGGUCGAGAAAGUCAGGCUAAAGACGGUACGGGCAGAAGUGGAUCGGUUUAAACGCGCGCUGGUGUUUAGUACUUAGUAGCUUUUUAGGGCUUUGGGUAUAUUAAUUUCCCGUCUUGGGGUUUGUAAUGUAGUUGUUGCGCCUUUGGUUGUUUGGUCAUGUUCCGGCUUUUUGCAUGAUCUGAUGCUGUCUCGGACGUUGGCGCUCACGGUUCCUUCUCUGCUCUCUUGGAGCGGACGUUUUUGCAUUUGUCCGCUGCGACAGUUCGCCUUGUUGCUGCUGCUCGCCAUGAAAGCAACUACAUUGCUUCUCGCCUCACUUUUUUAAGAUGGGUUUUUUCGUAGAUGGGUCUGUGUCAUAGUAGAUGCUUUACCGCUUUUUUACUUUUCUUUUCUCCCUCGGCGCUAGUGUUAUGGGUUUGCAUACUCAGAUAACAACAAAAGCUCAUCCUGCAGCCGUCCCAGGAGCUCUUUGUUGUUGUCUCUCGGUAGUGAUUAUUUUGUCCAAAUCUAUUUCGCCUAGAGUUUGCUGGGUAGGCGGCUACCGUUUUACGACAGUUUACACAGGGACGCCCUGCCCUUAGUUUCCCAACAUGACAAAACUUGGCUUCGAUCCUAGGUUAGCAUGACAAUUUUUACCCUCCUACUUGGUGAAAUUUGUGAUGCAUCUUGUACAUGUACGGGAAAUUUGUAUUGCAUAAAGAUACCGCUCUUUCACCCGGGCUUGGGGCGUGAGCGAAGUGGAGUUUUUCUCCGACGACAAAUGCGAGUCCAAAAUCCCGCUGGAGAACAACGGGCGCGAACCCGUAUGAGAGUGCGCAACUCCCACUCCCCCUCAGUUGUAUUGCAUGAACAGCAAUGCGAACACCUGCACAGCACGUGGAGCAAGUGCAUAACAAAUUCAUGUGCCUAGUGUAGUACUGUUUUGUUUGGGGUUCUUCCGGAAUCUGUCAUGCAAAAAGUGCUACUGGAAAGCAUUUGCGUUUGGGGUUUUGCAUGACAAAGGAGGGGGAGGGGGACGAGUUGUGCACUCUCAUAAUCCGGGGAGCCGAACCAGAAUAUCGGGUCCCGGCAGCGGAACAUGGUCGCGACGGUGGUGUCCGGGGGGUACAAACAAAUUGCCGCGCAGGCAUCCGUCACCUACGACUACUACCCGCUGAACGUUGCUUAUGGGAGUGUCAGAAUCGAAAUCGACAAAGUCGAAAAAUUUGUAAUGCAUAAAAUGCAGGGCACGCAAGGCCUGUAUUGGGGAACAGGCAAAUGGGGCCGAUUGCAAGCCUGUUUAGGGCUAAGCAAUGUGCAGCCCGAGUAGCAUGACAGGAGCAGUCUUCUUUGCCCAAACAGCAUGAGAGACUGGAUUUGGGUGCUCCCGAUAUUUCUCAUGCGGCACUUAGGAACUGAGGCUCUAACUGGCAUCGAUUUUGUGCAUCGCAAGUUUUUCGAUUUUGUCGAUUUCAAACCUGACGCUUCCAUAUUGCUGACGGUAAAUUUUCGACCACCUGGGCGGCGGAUUGCCGAACCGCGAUCAAUAUCCUGUGCAAAAGUAUCGUACUCGUAUUGCAAUCAUGCAUUACAAAUUUUUUUCUGAACGCAAAUCCGCAUUACAAAUUUUAUUUCUCGUUAUGCUGAGGAAAUUUGUAAUGCAUUUAUACGAGUGCGAUACUUUUGCAGUUCAUAAUCAAUGGGGUGAUUUCCGACGAAGCCUACUGCAGCAACCGCGACUGGGUGGGGUUCGAUUUCGGCGCGCCGAAGACGGUGAAGUGCAUCAAGAUCGUCCAAUCCCGCGCGGAUUUGAACGCUUGUUGCGACCCUUUGAUCCGGAUGUCGAUGGAUCGGUGGAACGGGACAGAUUGGGUGGUGUCCACCUGGCGUCACGUAUGAAAUGUAAAAAUGUCUGGGUCUGGAAGAUUGCGAGAUUUGUCAUGCAUAUUUCGGAUCACGCAAAUGGCGUCUGAUGCAGGCAAAAGCAUCACAGGUUUUGAGCACGCCUCAUGAUGCCUGUCCCGCAUGAGAAACUUCCUACUUGUGUGCCAAGAAAUUGAAAUGGACAGCUUUUGGCGCUCAUGCAACACAAAUUUUUGUGUGAUCCAGAGUUUGCAUCACAAGUUCUAACCAUUCCAGAACCAGACAUUUUUACAUUUGAUAUCACGAACCCCAGGACGACGGCUCCAGACCCGCGGUGUUGGUAAAUGCGGAUUUUUCCAACAUGGGCCAGUGCGGGAAUAACUUCGUGGAGAUGCGGGGGCGGAAGGAGACGGAGUCUUGUUCCAUUCCGCUGUCGUCUAUCACCAGAACUCUCGGUCAUCCCCUCUGUAUCAAGCACGACUGGUGCACGGAGAUCGGGUUUAGGGGGACGUGUUGUCCAAUCGACAAGGUGGAUAUGCUCUGCAGAAGUAUCGGACUCGUAGUAAUUGCUGUUAUGCAUGACAAAUCUCCUUUGAUUAAGGUAAACAGCAUUACAAAUGUCAUUUGUAAUGCUAAGCAAAUUUGUCAUGCAAUUACUACUAGUACGAAGAUACUUUUGCAAUGCAUAGUGGACCAUAGAAGUCGUUGUUGCUGCACGUAUUUGAAAACCGUUCCGAUCUUCGUCGACGAAAUCCCGUUGGAAGACAGAGGGGAAGCGUACGACAAGAUGGACUUGGAGAUGGUGACAAUCAGUUGGACUAAGGUUCUUCCCUUCUGGUUCAUGAUUAUGACGGUCAUUUGGUUCACGCUUGUGAACAUCCAGGAACCGCUAUGAGAGUGCACAACUCCCCCUCCCCCUCAUUUGUAAUGUAAAACCUCAAAUCCAUCUGCUUCCCUGUGGCACUGUUCGCAUGACAGAUUCCAGAAGCCAAAACAGUACGACAAUAGGCGUAUGAAUUUGUCAUGCACAGGCUCCACGUGUCCUGGUGAUUGUAUUGCUGUUCAUGCAAUACAAAGGAGGGGGAGGGGGACGAGUUAUGCUCUGUUAUAACCGCCCAAGGACCACAAGUACUACAUCUACUGGGAGCGGCACUGCUUGCCAUUACAGCGGUGGUUCGACGGGGAGGGUUACGCGCAGCGGUUCUUGUAUCCUGAGUAAAAACGUACCCACACCAGAGUCAGGAUGGGGAUUUUGCAACACAAACCUAGGAGUUUCGUGAGUCACGCAUGACAAGUUGCACUCUGCAGUGUUGUGCAGGUUAGCAAGUGCAGCCGCAUCACAAAUCCAGCUGCUCAUCCUGUUCACAGCAUCACAAAUUCCAAAACACGAUUGGAAAUGGCUCUUAUGGGGAUGCGCAUUACAAGUCUUCCUGUCUUUGCAAAUCUGCAUUACAACUCUGGUGUGGGUACGUUUUUACUCAGGAUAUCUUGAGGAAUUUCCGGUUGAAGCCAGAAGAGCCACCACAUAUGAAGGUAUAGGAUUUUGGGGUGAUACUGCUAUUUUCGCUAUUAGCGAACCUGAAAAUAAAGCUAGGUCUCGAUCAUUUGCCAUGCGUAGUUUUUGUGGGAUAAUUAUGAAGAUUUCUGAUGCCGAAGGAAACCCUUAAACAAAAAAAAUAUCAGGUCGGCAAGGGUCUCUUCAUCGCGAUCACCUUCUUCAUUCUCGGCGGCGCUUUGAUCUGGAUAAUUCUCGCGUACGUGAUCGCGGAGUUCAUUCUCUUCUGCUACUUCAUGGCAAUCCUCGUCGUGAAAUUUUGCAAGUCCGUCUAUUUCCCGGGCCACGACCACGACGAAUGGAGAAGACACGCGAUCACUCAGAUCGCGAUCAACCCAGACCAAUCCGAUGUGAAGUACCCGAGCAGUUUGUCGCUGAUAAAAACCAUGGGCGUCAUAUGGAACUGUCAGGCUUGAAAUCGUCAAAUUUGAAAUUAUAGUUUGCCAUGCAUAAAAUGGAUGCCAGUCGGAACCCAGUUUCCAAGUGGCGCAUGACAAAUUUUGGCGGUCCUUAAAGCCAGUUUGUCAUGCUGUUUAGGCAAAGAAGACUGAUUUUCUCAUGCUACUUUAGCAGCUCGAGCUCUAACCCCAAACAGGCUUACAAUCGGCCUCACUUGCCUUCUCUGCAACGCACGUGCCUCGCGUCAUGCAUUUUCUGCAUUACAAAUUAUUUCAACUUUGACAUUUUCAAACCUGACGCUUCCAUACGUCACCUUCGCCUUCACCUUUUUCUUCUGGGCCAGGUGGGUGUUUGACUUACUGCUCUUCCAGUCGAUUCUGUUCAUCAUGGGCUUAGGCGACACCAACAUUUCCGCGUACAUGAUCAUGGACCAAGUGCCACGGGUUUCCAUUCCCGCCUUCGACGCCGCGAUAGAAUCGGCGACAAAUAUGAUGCGGGGCGUGUUAGGCCUUAUGCCGAUGACGUACAUGGAGGUGCUGUUCUUCUUUUUCAACGGCAUCCCGAGGUGUAAAGGACCGGCGUUACUGUACGGCUCCAUGGUGUUCAUGGCGAUCGCUUUAGUCUUGGUGAAAGCCCUCAACUACGACUUCUUCGGCCUGUUCGCGGCGGGGAGGCACGCCAUUGCGACGACGAAGCCGGGGUGCCAGAAAGCGUUGAUUCUCUUCUGGAACUUCACGUCGGAAGGAUUCUUCUUCAUCACCGCACAGUGCGCGUUGGUCGCCAUGCAGAUGUUCAAGGAUUUAGCCCUCCCCGGCCCGCAGAACUGGAUGUGCCCGUGGGACGACAGCAUCGUCGUGGUGAUCGCGAUGAGCAUGCUGUACUUGUAUCCUGUGCAAAAGUACCGUACUCGUACUAAGUAAUUGCAAUCAUGCAUGACAAAUCUUGUUUCUUAGCGAAAUCAGCAUUACAAAUUCCAUUUCUCCUUCUGGGAAAAUUUGUAUUGCGAUUUUUACUAGUACGAUACUUUUGCAAUGCAUAACUUGCUAUUGAUAGCGACGAUCAUCAUCGUGAUUUUGUGCGCCAACGGCCACUUCUACGGCCAGGACUACAUUCUCGGGCCGCUGGGGAAGGAGUUAGGGAUGAUAUGGUGUUCUCAAAUGUUACAUUCUCAACUGUUACGUGAUUUGUCAUGCAAAAGCACCACGAUCAUCUACACGAUCGAGCUGUUCUGCAUGACAAAUCCUGGAAGGGCCAAACAGGAUGAUAAUCUCUGCCAAAUCUGUCAUGCAAGACGCGUAAUGCUCCCCCUUUCACUUUUCCCAUUCUUGCAUCACAAGUCCCUGUAACAGUUGAGAAUGUAACAGUUGAGAACGCCAUAGAUGAACUUCGACAGGUUAGAUCCGGAUGGGACUGGUCCCGAGGGCGGAAUGAUAAAUCUCGAAGUUCUCUUCGCUGUCUUACCAACAACAGUAGGGGUCUGGCAGGACGACUGGAACGUCGCGGCGUAUCUGAUGGUGGAGCGGGCGCACGUCUACGCAGAGGAACUCUGGACACCGACGAAGUGCGACAUCUGCCAGGAGAUCCAUGUACCCUACGAGGAUUUGAUAAGGGCGCAGAGCCGGAACGUGUCGCUGUGUUACCAAGCUUUGCCGUUUGGCUUGGCUCUUGGGAAGUUAUGCGAGUACAUGAACUUCCCACCGCUCUACUACGACGGCCGGAAGAUGAAGUGCUUGUUGAAGGUGAAGCACAGCAUAUGGAGAGAAAAAAGUUUGUCACAGUCACUACCUUGCAGGUUUUGCAUUACAAUUUUUUUCAGCAUCACAGCUUUUCUCUGUAUUGCAUGAGCACUACUAGGGAAAUCCCUUAUGAAGUCUGGCUGUGAUGCAUUUUUACGCAUGACAGAAAAUUUUGUAUUGCAAAAAUGCGCAUCCGCAUGAGUGAUCGCGACGAACUUUUUUUGUUUGAUACAGCAGGAGGGUCGAGUUCGAAUUUUACGGGGUGAUGAUGAACAAAUAUCUGCCGAUGGCCAGUUAUGGAAGCGUCAGGUUUGAAAUCGUCAAACAAGUUGAAAUCAUUUGUAAUGCAUAAAAUGCAUGACCCGCGGCACGUGUGUUGCAGAGCAGGCAACUGAGGCCGAUUGUAAGCCUGUUUGGGGUUACAGCUCGAGCUGCUAAAGUAGCAUGAGAAAGCUGUUCUUCUUUGCCUAAACAGCAUGACAAAGUGGAUUUAGGGACCACCGAGAUUUGUCUUGCACCACUUGGAAACUGGCUCACAACUUUCAUCCAUUUUAUGCAUGACAAAUUAUUUCAACUUUGUCGAUUUCAACUCUGACACAUCCAUACCAGUGCGGUUUUCUCCUUCGGACUGUACCUGCAGCUGAUCAUCACGAUCAUGAUCAUGACGGAGGCGAAUAUUUCUUCUGUUGCGACAAGUUCCUUCAUCGCGGCAUUAGUCCUUUGCUUCUUCAAAUCCCUGCUCCACGUUAUGCAUUGCAAAAGUAUCGUACUAGUAGUAGUAAUUGCAAUACAAAUUAGCUCAGCAUGACAAAGGGAAUUUGUCACGCUGUUUUACCUUAGGAUGGAGAUUUGUAAUGCAUGAUUGCGAUUGCGACGAGUGCGAUAUUUUUGCACAGGAUACACGUCUUCGCGCGACAAUUUGUCCUCUAUUUAGAAGGCAAGCGGAUGGAGGCGUUUUUGAAGGCAAAUCCAAGGGCAAAACCCCCGCCGACGGAGGAGGAGCUGAAGAGAAUAGAAAAGGAGAAGCAGCUCGGGAUCCAGAAACACCAACUCCCGAACAUGAGGAUCCUGUUAGGACAACUUGCGCACGGGAUUGUCGUCGGGUCGGUUUACGGCGGGUUGGCGGUGUCUGGGGAGUUGAUAUCCGACACGGCGGGUCUGUGGGUCGGGAUGUGCAUCGGAUUAGCCGGUGGGUGGGUCCCGAUUUAUUUGUACUACUUGACCGAGAUGCCGUCGGUGCCGACGUUCACGGUAGGUUUGAUAAAAACCACAUUCGCGGCGAUAAUAGCCAUCGGAGCAUUUUUCGUGUCUGAUGAAGCUGGAUACAGCUUCCGGUUCUGUCAGAUCAUGAGUUCCGUCUGCUUCACCUUGAUCGCGUUACCGGCUGUGGUGUGCUUCCGGAGAAGAACCUACGACGAGCACGGACAGUUAUCCCCAAGUUUGACCUACGAGAUUUUGUUCACCUACAGAGGAAUCCCGAACUAUCUCGCGAUAAUAACGGCCAUGUUUAUCACGUGCAUCCCGGCGACGAUGCUCAUCCCGAAACCUCUAGACGGGUCGGAAAAACAGCGGGUGAUCGACGGAAUUACAACCCAGGGGAAAUACCGGGAUUUAGACGCGGAGAAAGAUGAACUCGGUUACGUCCUAUUCGGGCUAAUUUUCGCAUCCUAUCUCGUCGGGAUCAUGGCGGCAUAUUUAGUUGCGGAACAACUCCACAAAAAACCGGUGGUGAUGGCGAUUGCUUCCGGCUACAUGCUGAUCCUGGCGCUGCAGCCCUUCAUGUUCAUCCUCUUCGCGUUGUUCAUCGGGACACUCUAUCAAAAGUAAGAAUGUCUGGCUCUGGAAAGAACUUGUGAUGCUGGGUGGCGUCUCAUGAUGAGGCUACAAAUGCUGGCUCAGCAUGACAAGUUUCUGAGCUCCUAGGUGUUGCCUAUUCUGCAUGACAAACUGCGCUUCUGCAUCACAGAAAAGCGGAGCGCUUGGGUAACGUGCAUGACAGAUUUAAGAGUCAUGCCAGACAAGCAUGACAAACGUGAAUUCUUCCAGACCCAGACAUUUUUGCAUUUGAUGCACUCUUCGGUCUCUCCGUCGGCGCGUACAUCGAGAAGCGGGAAGUGCAGAGGAUUAAGGGGAUUUCCCUCCACGACAGGAUACAAGUCUACGGCGACUUGGCCCAGGCGGAUAGCAAAGCGAGUCGCGUCGCGAUACAGAAAGAGCAGCAGCGACAAGCGUUUGCAAUUCAAAAUGCGAUAGACGAGCAGAGGCCGAUCUGCCUACCGGGGGAGACGGUGACGAUAGAGGAGUUCGGGGAUCCAGAAGACCCGAACUACAUCGCGCCGUUGGUUUUGCCUGCGAUCUAUCCUGUGCAAUAGUAUCGUACUCGUAGUAAUUCAAAUUCUUGCAGUCAUGCAUUACAAAUCUCUCUCUUAAGGCAAAUCAGCAUUACAAAUUUUCUUUCUCAUGCUAAGCAAAUUUGUCAUGCGAUUUCAACUAGUACGAUGCUUUUGCAAUGCAUACGAUCCCAUCCGUGGCGGAAAUGGUCAGCCAAAAAAUGGACGAGGAGGAGGAAAUCAGCAAAUCCUUGAAGCAGCAACAAGCGAACGCCGCAAUACAGUUCGCUUCUGGGUUGCGGGACAUGCAGGCGGCGGAGCAGGUGGUCUCGACGAAGUUAGAAUCCAUGUCGUCGAUCGGCCAGGUGAACUCCGCGAACCCGAACAGGUCUUUGAUCUCCUCGAAAAAGAAUAUGGACAGGAUAAGAGGCGUAUCAAAUGCAAAAGUGUCUGGGUCUGGAAACUUGUAACGCUGUGUUGGGAAUAGUGAAAGAAUGCUCUGUAAUGCACAGCCAAGCAUGAGAAAUAUCUGCGCCUCUUUGUGUUGCGUUUUUCUCAUGAGAAACUGCGUUUUUGCAUGACCGGCAAAAGCGUCUUUUCUUGGACACGCAUCACAAACUGAAACUUUUUUGUCAUGCCAGACAAGCAUGAUUUUUUUCCAGACCCGGACGACACUUUUGCAUUUGAUAAGGCGCCGGAUCCCCACUCGCAAUCGGCGACAGACAGCAACCGGCGAUCCAAGGCCAGGCGAUGGAGGUCUUACUCGCGUUGGAAAACCGACAGGGCGCGAACAGGAACUUAUUGCCGCAGUUGGCCUUACCCUCCGCCGGCGACGGGAUGGACGGCGAUAUUGCCGAGGGAGAGGAGGAGGAAGAGGGCAAUGAGGAAGGAGUGGACGCGGAUGGCAUGCAGAUAGAGAUCCCGAAGACGCCGGUGGUACCGCCGACAGACGGGGAUCAGAUGACGGGACACGAGUUGGUCUUGAAGGAGGAGUAUGCAAUGCAAAAGCAUCGUACUCGUAGUCAUUGCAGUUAUGCAAUACAAAUCUUUUUCCUAAGGUCAAUUAGCAUGAGAAAUUCCAUUUCUCAUGCUGAGGAAAUUUGUGAUGCAAUUCAUACUAGUACGAUACUUUUGCAAUGCAUAAAGAGCAGCAGGCCUACUCGUUCGACGAGACCGUGCAUCAAUGGUAUAGGAUUUUGGAUAAAUGAAUGUGUGUUUGUCAUGCUAAAAAGAAAGUUCUCUGUUUUUUGUCAUGCUAAGUUCUCAUCAAACCGCAUUUUGUCAUGCCUAAAUAAACGCAGCACGUUGAAACAGGUAACAAAGCAAGUCUCACAUUCUCAUCAAACACAAACUCUUGUCACAAAACUACAGGUACGAUCCCCACACCGGCUACUACUACGACGACACCAAGCAGGAGUGGUACAUGCCUGGCGACAAGGAAAAACAGGCUGCUACCGGACCACCACAGGCUAUCCGGCCCAUCUCGUUGCGCUCCCAAGCAGACCACAUCCAACGCAUGCAGGAUCGGAAGAAGAGUGGGAGGAGAGGGGCGCUGUGAUAGUAGUGGUGUAGUCGGAAAAAUAAACGUUGACAAAACUGUAAGAAAGCCAGCCGGUUGAAACUAGAGCUUUAGUUUGUUUACAUUUAUUUUCUUCUUGAAUCACGAUAAUAUUCGACGCGGCGAGCUCGAGCAGCGCCGCUGUGAUAGUCUUCAACUCAUCUCAAUCAAAAUACAAAUAGCAAAUAAAAGAAAAGCACCAACGCUGUGCGAGUGCAAUUCUAAACACCUUUUGGACUUCUUUCUAAACAGUUACUAUGGUCUUAAACUACAGAAACAACUCUUGACGAAACAGUUACACUAAGGAUCAAAACUUAGCGACAGCAGUUGGCUUCUUGCAAAGUCCCUACUUCGCUUCUACCUCUCCCUGCUUCUUCUAACUAUCUUCGCCGCAGAGACGCGUAGCCAAAGCUUGCUACCUUUUUGCACAGAGAGGCGAGGUCGCAGCGGUGGGAAUUGAGCGGGCGGGACUUGAGGAGCCACAGCUAUUUCGCGGGAAAAGUAGUAGAACUUACCUCUUUUCUAAAUUCUUGCAAAAUAAUUACCGCACAGUUGAUGUUGUUAGUUUGGCACACGAGGGGGUUUUGACUGCAAAAAGCAAAACACCUGUACUUUAGUUUGUGUAGUUCUGUUUCGAUGUCUUCAUUGUGCCUCGUCUUGAGCCAGAAACCUCCAUUCGCGAUCUUUAUUCAGUAAGAGAGCACGACGGCCAUGGAAGAUAGCAAGCUGAACUUUUUCACUUGCAGAUCAUCACAAUUACCUUCGUUGCCAUUUAACACUCGCCGCGUUAUUUGAAAGAAUACCCUACACCCUAUUCUUGCCUACCCUUGUCUUCUGGAACCGAAAUUGAACCCGACAAACCUUCACCCAAUUUUCUUUAUCUUGCAUUUGAACCUGUUACCGAGCGAACAAGCACUGAGACUCCUCAAUCUGUCGGCCCUACCGACAGAUCGGGGGUUGAAUUCAAUUUACCAUUCUAGAUUACCAUUAUGCAGAGACAACAAUGAAUUCUACUAGUACUAGCGUCAGAAGACGCUGACGCAGCGACUUCAAUGAAUCGUGGAGCGGACGACUGCCGCCCCUGCGAUAGAAAAGUCUAGUAUCGAAGUACGAAGCAUCAGCUUCAAAGCACACACGUCAGAACAGUUUAUAUCCUUCGAGUAUCCACCAAACCUAAUUUUACGAAAAACAGUAGCACAACUUGAGCAGAAGUUUUCAGUGAUCUUUACAAUUGAGCUUUUCUUGCACUUGACUUGACAAAAGAUUAUGCGGCAUUAUGGAAGAUGAGGAAGAG